AGUGCUGUCCUGCUUGGGCUGAGGGUGCAAUGCAGUCGCUCCGCUUCCUUUCUGCUGAAUCUUUGGUGUCCCACCCCCAGCUCGCCCAGCAGAGCCUGGACAGUGUGGCCCAGACCCUGUACCCACUGCUGUUCAAAGCCAGCUACCUACUGGAGCAGACAGAGGUGACCCGUGCUGUGCUGGGCCACUGGCCGCUGGAGGAGUUCCGGCUGGGCAUGCUGCUGGGGCCGAGCGCAGACCACCCCAUGGACCUGCGUGACCGGGCCUGCAGGGCCUGCCUGGAGGCCUGCGUGCAUGGCCUCGCAGACCACGUGCUGCAGGGCAGGAGCCGGCGGCUGCGGGUGGCCGACCUCACAGGCCUCCGAGACGUGCAGGAGCAGCAGUGCCCUUGUGGCCAGGCCCUGGGCAGGUGGGGCCGUACAGACCUGCUGGCCAGGGCCUGCUGUGAGCUGCAGGCACAGCCCCACGCAGCUGGGCACCCCGUCGAAGUCCUGGCCGACCUCUUUGUCACCGAGGGCAACUUUGAGGUGGUGGUGCAGGCCCUGCAGCCGGUGGGCCCAGCCCCUCUGCAGCUGCGCUGCCCCACCUUCCGUGCAGACAGCCUGAGCUGGGGCCAGCUGCUGCAGGUGCUGCAUCUGGCCGGGCCAGGCACGCUGCGCAAGCUCGAGGUGGUGCACAACGUCCGGCUACAUGCCGGCCAUGUGCUGCAGCUGCUGGCCCAGGUGGGCUUCCCCCAGCUGGCCUCGCUCACCCUGCCCACCAAGGCCUUUGACGCACCCCCCACCUGUGCCCCGAUGCCUGAUGGUGAGGACACCCUCCUCUCCUCCAUUGCCUGGGAGCUCAGCCAGAUGACCCAGCUCACGGAGCUGAGCGUGGCCUUCUCCACACUGACCGGGAAGAUCCAGAGACUGCUCAGCCCACUAAGGACCCCGCUGCGAGUGCUGGACCUGGCCAACUGUGCCCUGAACCAUGUGGACAUGGUCUUCCUGGCAGACUGUGCUCAUGCUGCCCACCUGGAGGUGCUGGACCUCAGUGGACACAACCUAGUCAGCCUGUACCCCUCGACCUUCUUCAGACUGCUGAGCCAGGCUGCCCAGACGCUGAAGGUCCUGACCCUGGAGGAGUGUGGCAUUGCAGACAGCCACGUCAACAUGAUGAUCCUGGCCCUGAGCCCCUGCCACCAGCUCCAGGAGUUCAAGUUUCUGGGGAACCCUCUGUCCAGCCGUGCCCUCAGGCGCCUCUUCACUGCGCUCUGCGAGCUCCCCGCACUGCGAUGCAUUGAGUUCCCGGUGCCCAAGGACUGCUACCCCGAGGGCACUGCCUACCCCCAGGACGAGCUGGCCAUGUCCAAGUUCGACCAGCAGAAAUACGACGCGAUUGCUGAGGAGCUGCGGGCUGUGCUGCUGCGGGCCAACCGUGAGGACAUCCAGGCCUCCACGCCCCUUUUUGGAAGUUUUGACCCAGACAUUCAAGAAACGAGCAAUGAGCUUGGCGCUUUCCUGCUGCAAGCAUUCAGAACUGCUUUAGAAAACUUCUCCAGGGCACUGAAGCAGAUGGAGUAG